GGCCACCGUCUCCGCCUUUGAACCCUAAUGUCAGCUUUUCUCUGCCAAUUUGACAUGAAACAAUGUCCAAGUUUGAAUAACAGAGACAGGAUCAGUGAGCUGCCGGACGCUCUGCUUCUGCAGAUCUUGUCUUUACUCCCGACGACAAAAGAUGCCGUAGCCACUAGUGUUUUGUCUAAACGAUGGCGGUAUCUAUGUAAGAUGACGCCGAAUCUCAAGUUUUGUUACCAUGGCACCAGAGAUCUCAAGAGGUUUUCAGAUAAUGUCUGUAGCUAUUUGCUUUCACAUCAGGCUCCGGUUCUUCAGAGUUUGCAUCUCGAAAUCCACUUUGAAUAUCGCUCCACUCUGGAUAUUGGAGUACUGCUGGGGAUUGCGUUUGGACUUGGUGUGCGUGAGUUGAAACUCCAAGCUUACUCUUGUAAUGAGCCGUAUAGGUUUCCUACAAGCUUGUACAAAUGUGGGACACUAGAGACCUUGAAACUCGGUCCUAAUGUCCUUGUAGACGUCCCAUUUCCGGUUUGUCUCAGAUUACUAUUGCUGUACCAUCCUUGCAGAGUCUAACACUUAUUACUAGCAAUGAUGAAUAUCAGUUGGCUUAUGUGAUAAAUUUUCCUUCUUUGAAAUAUUUGUACCUUCAAGGGUUUGCAGAAGAUGACUCUUGUCUGAUUGAAAAUACACCUGAGCUGUUGGAGGCAAAUAUUACUGACGUGUGUGGUUUAAUCUCCGAGAAAAUUCAUGGAUAUCUCACUUCAGUCAAACGCCUUUCUUCGGAGAUUGCAUCACCCUUGGACCUGGUAAUGCUUAUUUUCCUUUUGAGUUUCUUGUUGCUAUUACAUUGUGUGUGUGUGAUAAAUACUGCCUCAUGAGAUGUUGUACUGUGUGUAAGGAUGUUGACUUAUAGUAUGGCUGAUAUAAUGGGUAUGGUCAAAAAAAAUUCUGAUCGAAGAUCUCUGAUUUAUGUGAGAGGAUCAACAUAUAUGUUAACCG